CGUAUGUUCAGUUCGUUUCUGUACGCCCAUCGAGUUGGUCGUGUCUUCGCUUAAGACUCGCAUACGUAUCGCGUUUUGUGACUGUUCUGGAAAAUACGCGGGCAAACGUGCGUCCUUAACAAAUCAUAAAUAAACACAACAAUUGACUGAAAAUUUGUGUGCCAAGUGAAUGAAAACCGGUAUGGAAAGUGUUUACGAGAAGCGUUAAACAUCAACAGCAACAACAAAAUAUUGGAAAUUUAUUUCGUCUGUGCAUUGUGUGCAACGAAAAGCAAGUGCCGUUAAAUACAAAACCGCCCCGCAAACAAAAACAACCACAUAAACAACAACAACAACAACAACAGUUACACCCCAAAAAGUUGCCGCCGCAAUCGCAGUCGCUGUCGCCGUCGCCGCCGUCUCAGUCAGCGUCGCUGUUCGCAUUUGGAAAUACAAAUCGUGUUUUGCGCUUUAGCAUUUUGCAGUUAUUGUUGUUGGCCCGUAGUUGUUGGUGUUGUUGCUGUUGUUCAUUCGCCAAGUUAUUUACGUCGCGUCGCGCAAGCAAAAACAACAACAAAAAAUUUACAAUUAAAAUUACGCGCGCUACGUCAAAAAGUAUCUGCAAGAUACACACACACACACACACACCCAAAACAUACGCACGCCAAAAAUAAGCGAAAGAGCGAGAGGGAGAGCGCGAGAGAGUGGGUGUCUGUGUGAGCGAGACGGAACAGGUCGCACAAUAUGCGCAAAAUUCAACUAAAAUGCAGCAUAUCAAGGCUGUAAAAAGUUUUACGAUCCAGCCUUAACGCCAAGCGAAUCCCCCUCAAAGCCCCCGCCUCAACAAAAUAAUGCCAGAUACAAAUUAAGGUCGCCACCUACGUUGCGUUGUGGCACCUGAGAGCAAGUGUAAAAGUCUUAACAGCAGCAACAGCAGCAGCAUCAACGAGGAUAACCCACCCACAAAGGCCGUAAAACAUUUUGGCCAAAGCAACAUUUACAGUUACACUCGCUACACAGUCGCUCGUAAAUAGUCAGGCAGAACCAAACACAAAUAAACCAACAACAAUUGUAGUUGCAAAAAGCAAGCAGCAGCAGCAGCAGCAGAAGAAGAACAAGUAGAACAAGCAGCGGAAAAUAAAUAAAUAAAACAGCAGAGAUGGCGGGCAAUAUUGUCAAAUGGUGGAAGCACAAAAUACUCGGCGGCUAUAAACAAUUCUCAGUUCAGGAAUGCACCACAGACUCGGAGGAGCUGAUGUACCAUCAGGUGCGCGCCUCAUCCUCAUGCAGUGCACCGCCCGAUUUGUUGUUGGUCAGCGAACGUGACAAUAAUAUACAACUUCGAUCGCCUGUGGUUAAUAUAAUCACCACGCCCCCGGGCAAUGCAUCAAACGUCGCAGUCGCAGUCAAGCAACAGCAGCAGCAGCAGCAGCAACAACCACUCCUGCCGCAUCAGCAUCAGCAGCAGCAGCAACAUCAUCAUCAUGUGACCCGGCAACAGCAGGAGAUGAGCAGCAGUGGCAGCCAUAGCAAACACUUGCGCAUCAGCAGCGCCAAUGGCAAGCAUAACAAGUAUGUAAAUAUGCCACAACAGCUGGAGGAGGAUGUGGUCGAUGCAGCCGCAGCCGCAGCAGCAGCGGCAAUGCCCCUGCCACAUGCAACACAUCCGCAAUAUUCGCGACAUUUGCAUCAUCACAGCAAGGAGGAGCGCAUACGCUUGGAGGAAUUCACCUGCGACGUAUCCGUUGAGGGUGGUAAAUCGUCGCAGCCACUGCAAUUUUCAUUCACAUUCUACGAUCUGGAUGGGCAUCAUGGCAAAAUAACAAAGGACGACAUUGUGGGCAUUGUGUAUACCAUAUACGAGUCCAUUGGCAAGUCCGUGGUGGUGCCGCACUGUGGCAGCAAGACAAUUAACGUGCGCCUCACCGUCAGUCCGGAAGGCAAAUCGAAAACGCAGGCAGCUGCCGCAGCCGCCGCCGCCGCUGCUGCUGCGGCCUCCACAUGCCACAACAACAACAAUAGCAACACGAACAACAACAACAGCAGCAGCAGCAGCAAACUAAAGAAGCUGCCCACGGGUCUGGCGGCCAUGUCGAAAACAGGAGCAGCAGGAGCAGCAGGAGCGGCAGGAGCGAAUGGCGUGGCACUAACGACAUCCGGCGGCGCACGCCGCCAGCAUCGUCAUCGACCACGCAAACUGAUUAAGUCCGAUGACGAGGACGAUGACAGCAAUAGCGACAAGGAGAAGGAGCUGGCAGCUGCUGCGCUCGAGCAGCACCAGCCCAGUGGCAGUGGCAGCGGCAAGCCGUCAAAGUCCAGAUACCAGAGGAACAAUACUAAAUUGGAGCCAUGCUGCAGCGGACAGGCACAAUCACAGUCGCAGUCACAGUCGCAGUCACAGUCUCUGUCGCAGUCGCAGUCGCAGUCGGAGCAGCACACGCCGGACAAUGGGCACAGCAAUACCUGCGAGAAUAUGCUGAAUCUCAAAUGCUGCAGCAUUGCCAACAAGGAAGCAGCCGUCGAUGUCCUCGACCACUGUCCACAGCGGGCACAGCGACAUCAGCACCACAGCAACAGCAACAGCCACCACAGCCAUAGCCACAGUCAGGAUGUCUACAUGAAGCAGGCCACACAGCGCGUCAAAAUGUUGCGAAAAGCGCGAAAACAAAAGUAUCAGGAUCACUGCCUUGAAACGCGUCAGCGCAGCCUCUCCGUGGGCAACGACACCUGCUGGCAGAAUCGCCAUCUGCAGCCUCAGUCGCAGUCGCAGUCGCAGUCGCAGCAGCCGCAGCAGCAUCUGAGCGGCGGCCAGGCACAGAAGAGCGGCUCUUCGUCGCCGCCGUUGGGCGAGCCGCCGAUGCUCGAUGGUGUGCAACUGCGUCAGCCACGCCCACAGUCGCUGCUCGCCCAACAGCAGCGGAAAUCGGCCGAGUGCUGGAAAUCGGCGCUGAACCGCAACGAUUUGAUUAGCAUCAUCAGGGAGAGCAUGGAAAAAAAUCGCUUGUGUUUUCAGCUAAAUGGAAAACCCCAAGCCAAUGUGAGUCCCAUACGGCAACCGGCAGCACAACAACAACAACAACAACAGCAACAGCAACGCCAACGCUGCAAUACCGGAUCGAAAAUCCCGACACUAAUUGCGAAUCACAGUCCACAGUCCGGUCCAUCGCCGCUCAGCUGCAGUCCGCCCACACAGUCGCCGGUGCCGCAUCAUAUAGAGGGCGGGCACGAUACGGCCAACAGCAGUGUCUAUCAUCCGCAGCCGCAUAUACCCAUCUACCAUCAGCAGCUGGCCAUUAAUCCGGCCGUGGUGGCGGCACAGCACAGUCACAACAGCGCCCACAACAAGCUGAAUCUGUGCGGCUACGAUUCGUUUCUGCAUGCCACCAUUUGUGGCGGCGGCGCCGCCCACUCGCCACCAGCCACGCCCAGCAAUGUGGCCACCGUGCAGCCCAUACCGAAGAAGAGCAGCAAACAGCAGCAACAUCAGCAGCAGCAGCAACAUCAGCAGCAGCAGCAGCAGCAGCAGCGCAGCAGCAAGGAUUACAAAAACUAUGGCAAUCUAAUCUAUGCUAAGCUCAGCGAGCAGCUGCAGCAAAAGGAGCGCGAGCAGCGACGCCAGCAGCGACACAAACAGCAACAGCAGCAGCAGCAGCAGCAACUGCAGCUGCAAUCAAAGUCAUCAGCCAUACGAGAAACAACACGUCCCAUGGCCACCUCCAGCUCCAGUUCGGCUGGCUCGAAGAUCUAUGGCGAUGCGCUUGAGUGUGCCCAUUUGCUGGCCAGCGAGGAGGAGGAGCCCGCCAGUCCCAUGCUGACGAGCACGCCCAGCAAAGUGGUCUCCACGGACACGCUGAUCGACCUGAACGACGAGGUGGGCGAGGCGGUGGCCGAGGCAGUCACGGCCAAGGAUCUGGAGGAGCCGUCCGCGCAGCUGGCGGCAGAUGUUGAUCUGGACACUAGUGCGUCCAGCUCCAUGAUACAUCGCUAUGUGCACGAGCACAUACAUCAUCACUAUCAUCACUUCAAGGAGCAGAACGAUAUCUAAUCCAAUGUUGCUUAAGCGCCGCGAUUUUUUUUUUUUAAUUUUUCUCUCUUUUUUAUUUUUUUUGUUUAAUUUUUAAUGUAGCGCAAUUUGUAAUUUAUUGAUAUUAUUUGUACGAUAAAGUUGCAUUAUAUAUAACGUAUAUAUAGUAUAUCUAGUUAUAGAUAUAUAGACAGAAAACUGAAUCUGAAUUCCAAGUCCUUGAAUGUAGAAUUCUCUCUCUCUAGCUGAAGAUUAAGAUUUUUGCGCCUUUGCCUUAGCAGCAGCAUUUAGUAGCCAUCGAUUGCUUCGCUUAUGCACCACAGCCUAGCAACAUAUCAUUGCUGUACUAUAAACAACAACAACAACUACAACAACCAUAAAAUAUUAAUUAAACAAAAGCAAAACACAACUAAUUAAUUGUUU